CUCUUCGCUCUUGCCCUCUUAAGUAUACCACAAGGUUCCCUCGCCGGUACCUACGUUCUCUCCUUUCAAUGGCUGUUAAAACGGACAAAAACGGCGUCACCGUCGUCGAGCAAGGGGUCUACAACGUUCCCGACAUCCCUAUCAAGGAUUUACUCGACGCUAUUCCCAAACACUGCUUCCAGCGUUCUGCUUUGAGGUCGUCCGUCUACAUUUUCUGGGAUAUCUUCGUUAUUGGGUGCAUCUACAAGACUGCAAGUUACCUGGACACGUUCAUCAAUCCCGCCACUAUAUCCCUUCCCCAUCCUUACCUUUAUCCUUUUGCUCGAUUCGCUCUCUGGUCGUUGUACGGUUUCUGGGUUGGCCUCUUUGCGACAGGUCUCUGGGUUGUUGCCCACGAAUGUGGUCACCAGGCUUUCUCAGAGUCAAAAACCAUCAACAAUACAGUUGGCUGGGUCCUUCACUCGGCCUUAGGGGUUCCAUACCAAGCUUGGCGUAUCACCCACGCAAAGCAUCACGCCUCUACCGGCCAUAUGACUCAGGAUCAGGUCUUCGUGCCCUCUACCCGCUCAGAUGUUGGCCUCCCUAGCCUCAACGUCGCAAAAGAAGACCGAUUGGGUUCACGUGUAUCGGAGGAAGUGAAAAGGGAAUUCAAAGAAGCAUUAGGCGAUUCGCCGAUUGGCGCAAUCAUUGGUUCGGCAACCUACUUGCUCGGAGGAUGGCCCGCAUAUAUCCUUACCAACGCUUCUGGCCAGCGCAGAUACCCCAAAGGCACCAGUCACUUUAAUCCCAAGGCUGUGAUGUUCUCACCCCAUCAUUACUCCCAGAUCAUUGUUUCUAACAUCGGAGUCGCACUCUGGUUGGGCAUCAUUGGUACAUGGAUAUACUACAAGGGCUUUUCGGAGGUCUUCCGCCUUUACCUCGUCCCUUACCUUUGGGCCAAUCACUGGCUUGUGUUGAUCACCUUCCUCCAACAUACCGACCCUCUCCUCCCCCAUUACCGUGCCCCUGAGUUCACAUUCCCUCGUGGUGCUUUGGCCACUCUGGAUCGCAGCCUUCUUGGAGACUGUGGCUCUAUCAUGGCGUGGAUGGGCGCACACGCCACACAUGGUAUUUCUGAGACGCAUAUCCUUCAUCACGUUUCGAGCAAGAUUCCUCAUUAUAAUGCUUGGGAAGCGAGUGCGGCCCUCAAGAAGAAACUUGCUAGCGCAGGUAUCCCGAUGCAAGGUGGCCCUGGUGGCUGGCGUGAAGUUUACCGCGUCUACAGGGAAUGCAAGUUUGUUGAGGAUGAGGGUGAUGUUGUCUUCUUCAAAAACUCCGAAGGCAUCGCCAAGAUGAGGCCGGUCCUCCCUGAGUCGUCCGCAAGUGACUCUGGUAUUGAGGUUGAAAAAUAGAUAGAGAGUUAGAUUUAACCAUCUAGAUUCACCUGCCGUCGCCUGCGCUGUAACAUAGAGUGGUUGGAUUUGUCGCAAACCCCUAAUGAGAUUUUUCUUGGAUGAU